GAGAGAGAGAGUUAGUGAGUGGAGGAGGGGGUGACUGAAGUGAAGUGUCUCGGUGCGGUCCGCUGGUAUUUCAGGAAUGUGUUGAUCAUGGCGGCCGCUGUGAAGCCCGUGAAGAGCGGACUCUUGGAGCUGCGCGUUACCGUCGAUCACUGGAUCCGCGUCCUCGCGACUCUCAGCGGAGACUCGUUCACCGUCAGCCCCGGGGAACAUGCGGAAGAAUGCCCGAGAAGCGGCGGUCCCGCGCCCGGCGGAGCGCUUAACGGGGAUCCGGCGAAUCUCAGCGCCUCCCUGGUACCGGACACCAUCACUAACGUCAAGAGAACCGUGAAAGUAACUAAACAAGAAGUCGGAGGACUCGGAAUAAGUAUUAAAGGUGGUAAGGAGAAUAAGAUGCCCAUUCUCAUCUCAAAGAUCUUCAAAGGGCUUGCAGCCGACCAGACGGCCGCUCUUUAUGUCGGCGAUGCGAUACUGUCAGUAAACGGCUACGACCUGAGAGAGGCGACGCACGACGAAGCUGUGCAGACCCUGAAGAAAACAGGCAAAGAAGUCAUUCUGGAAGUGAAGUACAUUAAGGAGAUGUCAGCAUUUUUUAAGGGUGGAUCUACAUCUGGUCCUCCUGUUCUUGAUUCUCCACCAUCGACGCCUCAGAAACAGGUGGACCCUGCUCUUAAAGAGACACGAACCAUCCCACUCAAAAUGUGUCAUGUUACACGCAAACAGUGUCCACCUGAUACAGAAGACAGGUAUUUUGAGGUUGUCUCAUCAGACAGAAAGAAGUCUGUGUUUUUGCGGGCUAAAGAUCACGCCAUGGCUCAGUCCUGGUACAACAUCAUCCAGACAGGAAGUUCAGCGUUAUUGUCCGGUGCUAAAACUGAUCUGACAGCACUGGAUCCCAACAUGGAAGUCAAACACAUCGGCUGGAUCAUCGAGCAGGGUUCAGAGCGGCCAAUAGUGGCGGUGUUGACGGACAGAGAUCUGUUGCUGUACCCAUCUCUACCAGACAGCAGAGAAACUCUAAACAAUCCUGAUAAGAGCUAUCCAUUAAUAACCACCAGGCUGGUUCAUUCUGGACCUGGUAAGAGUUCAUCUUUACACGACUCAGAGCUGACGUUUGGACUGCGGUUGGGCACUAAACAGGGUGUGGAGACCCAUCUGUUCAGAGUAGACACAGCUAAAGAUCUCUCAACCUGGACACAUCUGCUGGUGGACGGCUGUCACAGCGCCGCUGAGCUCGUACAAGAAGUCACUACAGCUUGUAGCUGGAAUGGGAAGUCGUGUCUGUUGAGCGUUCAUAUAGACAAAGGCUUCUCGUUGUUUACGGAGGAGUCCGGCGUCAAGAAAAACGUCCUCCUCCAGCAGCCGUUCGAGCGCCUGCGCAUGUCCUCAGACGACGGCGUCCGUAUGAUGUUCCUGGAUUUUGGCAGUCCAGAAUCUGAGAUUCAACUGGACCUUCACUCCUGUCCUAAAACCAUCGUCUUCAUCAUCCACUCCUUCCUCUCGGCCAAGGUCAAGCGGCUAGGACUGUUGGCAUGACGACCUCGCCUCCACAGGUCGAUCGCCAUGACGACUAAGUGAACGGAGGACCACUGGACAACGAGCCAAACCUUCAGCACAGACUGUCAGGAGUCAGCGUUCAGCUUCUCUUUUCAGCUUUUCAGCCUUUCAAUGAAACCUCUCUUUCUUUCUUUCUCUCUCACAGGUCUGGCCUUUAAAUUGUUUGUUUAUUUGUUCGUUUAUUACUUAAACCUUUUAAAUGUCUAAAAACUUGUGUGUUGUUGGAACGGCAAUGAGAAAAAAAAUGUCGUCUCGGUCUCAAACCGUAUUGUGAUGAUAUUUGAAUGUUGUCUAGUUAGUUGAGUAACUAGGGUUUGAAACCGAGCUGCUAUUUUCUUUAUUCAGCCGUUGUUCUCAUCAUUAAAGGGCUUUUAAUGUACAGCAGCUGUGAAAAGAAACUCACUAACACAAGUAUUAAGGAAAAAACCUUUAAAGUAUAUAAUAAUCUAAUAUUUUUCCUUUGAAUAUAAUCCCUUUAAACUUGCCAGACUUUAAACUUUUGCAAUAAAAAACUGCUGUGGUAUCAUCAUGACACACUAUCAGAUGAUAAUACUGUGGUAUUUUGAUAUGGUAAUGUAUUAUUUUCAUACACCUUAAUAUAUACUCAGUUCUGAGGUGCAUCAAAAUCAUGGAAAACUUUUAUAGUUGUCUCUAAAACGAUACUGUGGUACAAAACACUGUGGUACAUUUUUUGUAAGGGGAAGAUAAAUGUGUCUUAUAAGUCAUCUCAAUUUUGCAAACCUAAAAAGAAAACUUUAAGGGAAUUAUAAAUCAGAAAGCAUGCAUAUGCUUGUACUCAAUGUUUUACUGAAUGAGUUCCUACUUAACAAAUAAGCAGUUUUCUCGCGUACUACCAUACUAAUAAUCGUACUAUUUUUGCAGUUUUUCCUGCACACAGCAUGCAAGUUUUCUCUUGUAAUGCAGAAAUAAUUUUUCCAAAAUGUGCUGCAAAAAUACUUAACACUACCAACACGAUCUCACAGAAAGUCAUGUUAUAUGCAUGAAAAAUUUGAUUAAUUUCAAUGUCAUGUCAAUGGCACGAAAUUCACCUUUUUUCGUGCCUCGUGUAGUUUUUCGUGUCCAUUGCACGACUUUCUUUUUCGUGUAAUUUUAUAUUGUUUUCCCAUUUUUUUCCCUAUUUUUAAAUCAUUGUCACUUGGGGUUGGGGUUUGGAUGUCUAAAAAUGUAAACAAUGGUAAGAAAAUAGGGAAAAAAAACAUUGAGAAAACAAUACAUAAAAUUAAACGAAAAAGAAAGUCGUUCAACGGACAUGAAAAACUAUUUAUAGAAAUUUGAGUUUGUGAUACAAAAAAUACAUUCAUGCUCAAGGCACGAAAAAAAAUUUUUUGUACAAAGGACAUGAAUAAAUUGAUACAUUUUUUGUGACUAUAACACGACUUUCCAUGAGAUCAGUCUAAACACUACACUGUAAAAAAAAUGCAAUUUAAAUGCAAGUUAAAACAAAGUCAAUUCAACCUACUAUUUAGAGUUUUGACUUGAAAAGUUGACAACUUAUAAAAACAAGUUGAAAUUGUUUAACUUAAUUUGUUAAGUUAAAGGUAUAUUGAAAAUAUCUGUUGAUUUGACAAAAAGUGUGUAUGUAAUGUAUCCCACAAUGCAUUGCGCUCGUGAAUCUUCCAAUCUGAAUCUUUUAUAGAACAGAAAUAUUUGACAUAAAUCAAUAUUUUAUUUAAUGAAUGAAAGAAUUCUGAAUCAAACAUGUCACAAAUCUGUGUUAUUGUAAUGUUUGUUGCAUAAAUCAUACUUUUAACACGUAAGCCGCCUUUCGUUUUGUUCAGUUUUAGUUAUUUUAAGUUUGAAUCAUCUAUACAGUAUUGGAUCAGCAGUAUGCCAUUUUGUUUUUAAGCCUUAUUGUUUAAGUGCAUUUUGUUGCCUUUGAAACAAUUCAAGUUUGAUUCCCACUUCAUUGUAACCAUAACAAGAUGUAUGAGGUUUCAUUUACAGAGGAACAUUUAGAUGAAAAUGUCCCAACGUGAAGUGGAAAAUCUUUUCUGUGGCCUUGCUGAACUCUACUAAAGUUUAAUAUAUAAUUCACGCUAUAUUCAAACUACGUUAGCUUUAAAAAGAAAAUCAUAUUAUAUCCUUAUUUAAACAGAAGAGUGCCUUCUAGGGUUGUUUGUAUAUACAAUUGCAAUAAAUAUAACUUGACUUUA